UAGUGGUCUCUGAGUGUAGUGGGCGGACCAAGGAAGAGUCUGACCAAUAGGAGAAAAAGGGGGGCGGGUAAUAAUUUCGAGCGCCAAAUUGGGAUGUUUAAAUUGCGCCGGAGAGCGGGCGGCGCGCAGUGCGGUGUGUGACGGGCAUCAGUACGGGAAGAUGGUGCGUACCAAGGCAGACAGCGCGGGCCCCUCCACCGGCAGCUACAGGAAGGCUGUUGCUGCUAGAGCACCAAGAAAGUCUUUUGGUGCCACACCGGGAACGUCUAACCACAAUACAUCCCCUACAGGGAAGAAAUCUGAAGGCAAAUAUGCAGGAGGAAAUCCAGUAUGUGUCAGACCUACUCCAAAAUGGCAGAAAGGCAUAGGAGACUUUUUUGGAUCACCAUCUACAAGCUGUCCUGAAAAAGAGAAUCGUGUGCCUUCUGAUGAUGAGGAAGAAGCUGGUGGCAGUGGCAUUGGUAAAGCACCAAGAAAAUCUCGUCCUCUACCUGAAGAUGCUUCUGAUGAAGACUGAAUCGUUCAACUCUAAAUUGUGUACAUUUUGUAAAUAAAGCUUUUUUUCUUUUUUUUUGUACAUAUCUUUGACAACUGGGUUUGUUCAUAUAUAUAAUUUAAAACUAGAAGGCAGUUUUAAUGUUCUACUGUAGUUCUGUAACUAAAUACCAGAGUAACAAGUUGCUGAAACAUAAAGGUUCAUUCUAGUAUUGGUGAACAUGUUAAUUUGCUUCUGUUAACACUUAUUUGGACCCAUGUAAAAGUUGUAGUUUGAAACUCAUUAGGUUUGUUCAGUGCCAUUUUAAGACCUUUUUACAGUUGUACUGAAACAUUAUAGAUAUUUUAUGUAGCUUUUGCUAAAUAAAAUAUUAGCUGAA